ACAAGCCGGGCGAGGGAAGAGGCGGCGGUGAGAAUAGGCGUCACGGAGAGCGACCCUCGCAUUGCCCCCAUGCCCAGAUUUCAACUUCAGAGACCGGCCUGACCUUUGACCUGCGUUGACCUGUGACCCCUCUUUCCUUGGGGGAAGUUUCAUCCAUGGACCCUCCUAAUGCUAAAGGCCUCUCAGGCCCCUGUUAAGCAGAAGCAUGUCCAGAGCACCCCAGGGGGCUGCAGCAGCACCCUUGCCCCCUCCCCCACCCCCUCCUCCCCCACCGCCUCCUCCCAGGCUAUGUGGGGCUCAGCUCCUCAAGGCUGCGCUGGAGCAAGUGGACCCUGGGGACCAGGACGGUGUUCGGGAGCUCCUGAGGCGCCGGAGGACCAGCUUCAGCAUGCAUUUGAAGUGGCUCCUUUUCAACCACCCCGUGUCUUCCUUAAUCCAAGAAGGUCCCCAAUGUGGCCUGGUGGCCUUGUGGAUGGCUGGGGCGCUGCUCUCUCCCCCCAAGGCUGUUUCCCUGGAGACAAUUGUUCAGGUGGCUUUGGAGAGAGGCUACACAGCCCAGGGGGAAAUGUUCUCAGCUGCCAACAUGUCCAAGCUAGCUGAGGAGGUGUUCCCCUGCCAGGCGGAGCUGCUCUCUGGAGGCCUGGGGGGAGAAAACUACCGAAGGAUUCUUAAUCACCUUAGCCAAGGCUUCCCUGUGUUGAUACCCUACGACGAAGACUCCAACCACGAGCCCUGCCUCCGGAGGGGCUACAAGGCUCACUGGGCCAUUGCCUCGGGAGCUCUGCUGGGUCUGGAGGACAGCAGUGUCCAGCUGGCCGCCUGUCAGGAGGACGAGGAGAUCCGAGGCCUCUUCCAUGCCACCCCAGCCAUGGCCUCAACCCUCUCGCUGGACUCUCCCGCAGCAGAGACCUAUUUGCUCUCCAAGCAGGGCAAGAGCGGCCGCUACCAGCUCUGGCACUAUUCCCAGGUGGAGGCCAGCAACGGGCAGUUGACUGACUUCAGCCCCAAGCGGGCAGCGGAUGGAAAGGUCUACAUUGUGCCAGCUGGGGGGGUGCGCGAGGGGCUUUGCGGGAAGGCAGUGCUUCUGCGGCCGGCUGGGCCAGAGUGCUUCCGGCCACGCUGAGCUGGCCAGGAGGAGGAACCGCUUUCCAAAGCUCCAACCGGAACCAAACGGACCAGGAGCCAGAAGACCUUGUGGAUACAGAUGGGACCUUUAGCAACUGCCAUUGGGCACGAUAGCUGUGGAGCCUCUUUGUGCAGGCGCAGUAUACCCCCCUGAGUACCAGCUGCAGGGGUCAGACAUGAGGCGGGCUCAUGCCUUUAUGCCAGGGGUCAGCAAACUUUUUCAGCAGGGGGCCCGCUCCACUGUCCCUCAGACCUUGUGGGGGGCCGGACUAUAUUUUGAAAAAAAAAUAUGAAUGAAUUCCUAUGCCCCACAAAUAACCCAGAGAUGCAUUUUAAAUAAAAGGACACAUUCUACUCAUGUAAAAACAACAGGCAGGCCCCACAAAUAACCCAGAGAUGCAUUAUAAAUAAAAGGAUACAUUCUACUCAUUUAAAAACAUGCUGAUUCCCGGACCAUCCGCGGGCCGGAUUUAGAAGGCGAUUGGGCCGCAUCCGGCCCCCGGGCCUUAGUUAGUUUGGGGAUCCCUGCUUUAUGCCUUAGGAGCGGCGCAGGGGCACCUGGCCUGCCUGGAAACAGAAUUGUGGGACAAAUUCUUUCAUUGCAGGGGGUUGGACUAGAUGACCCUGGAGACCCUUUCCAACUUAAAUUCUGUGAAAUGGCCUUGUCUUGGGUGAGAGACCCCAUCCACCAAUGGGUAGCUCUCCUGUGCCAGCUGAACUGCCUGGGAAAGAAACAGGAACAGGCUGUGUUUUUAUUGCAUUUAUACCCCAGCUUUUUACUUUUUAGGAAUUCAAGGUGGCAUGCAUCGUUUCCUUCCUUCCCAUUUUAUCCUCACAACCACCCGUGAGGUAGGCUGGGCUGAGAGAAGCAGUGACCCUAGGGGCCCCCAGCUUCAUGGCCGAGAGGUUUUUUGAACACUGGCCUCCCAGGUCCGGGCUGACACUCAAACCACUACGCCCCACUGCCCAAACUCCUAUCCAACUGCAAGCACGGAGUUUAUUUCUGCUUCCUGCCCCAGCACAUGAACACCCCAGCAACUCACUCCGACCGUCACCUAAAGCUGGCAAGGCCCUUGGCUUCUGGAGGAGUUGAAAACAAGGAGGCCAUUUCAAUCCCUGGCUGUGGGCCAGGCUGACCAGGUUGCUGCUGUGAGAGCCCAGAGCCCCCCACCCACGAAAGAGGCGGCCCGUUGCAUCUCUGCAUGAGUCCCUGGGGCCACCUGCCCUCCUUGUAGCUGCCACACACAGAACAGCAAGUUGGUCAACUUAGGC